AGCUACGUCACGGUGUAAACAGUUGCUCUGUCAAAUUCAUCAUCGGCAUGAGUUAGUGCUUAGCUAUAUCCUGUUUCUGGAUACUUUUUUCUAGAACAGCACAUACUUCACCGCAUUCUCAGUAGGGUUCUUCGUGUCGCGUUGCACAAGCAAGAAAAAUGGCAGGCAUUUCGCAACCCUCCGCACCUUCGGUCAUCCGCAUCAAGCGCAAACGCGACGACACUGUACCGGAUACUUUGUACGUGGAACGAAGCAAGAGGAUUGCUACAGAUCAGACGUAUAUUUUUAAGCGCAUUGAGCAAGAGCGUGUGGCGUCUACGCCGGUGCUGAAGCAGGAGUAUGGGGAUGAUGGUAUUCCAAAGAUUAGAACCACACCGAAAGGAGAAGAGAAAAGGGACCCGUAUGCUACUGGAAGGACUGGGGAUCAAUCACCGUUACGCAGCAAACAAAAUAUCUCCCAGACAAAUCCAGCAGAGCCACGAAGGUUCCAUCUCAGUAGCAUCAGUGCUGCAGAGAAAGGGAAAAGUGAAGUUGCCACAUUCGUGGAAAGACGCGGAGGAGCGAACGCAAAAUCGAUCACACCUGCGAACACAGGAUCGAAUGAGCAGCAACAGCAGCAGGAAGAAAGGAAGCUCAAGCGGCCAACUGCACGGACGAGAAAACAUCCAGCUGCGGCACCAACAGUAACACCAGCAUCGCCUAGCCAUGUUGAAGCUUCUAUGGCACAAGAGUUGGAACAAUGGGCAGAAGAGACAUCGCUGAAGGAGUCUCAACAGAAUGCAGCCUCUGCAUCUCAGCCUGAAACUGAUGUCAUGGAGGUGGACAAUGAAGCCGACUAUGUCUACGAUACGUACUACAGGCAUCAAGUCUCAAAGGACGAUAUGCCGGAUAAAAGCGUCUCAUUCGGUCACCUAGUCAUCGAAGAGGACCAAGAGGAUCUAUGGGAAACGUACAUCGACGGUCAGGAAUCUGAGGAUGAGAAAUUCGAUACCGACGACGAAGACUCCAACGCUGAGGACUACUACGGUGCAGACUAUCCCGAAGACGAAGUUGCGAGCGACGAUGAGUACGAUCGCGACGCUUACCAAUAUCGCAAGAAUGCGGACGACCUGGAGGAAUUCGACGUGCACGAGAAUUACAACUCCGAGUACGAGGAAGAUGCACUUGUGCGCAGCGACGAUGAGGGAGACUUUGAGAGCAAACUUUCCGAUGCGAGGGCAUGGAGGAGAGAAUUUGGUCGCGAUGUCAAGAAAUACGACAUGAUGCACAAUUAAGCGCGGCUUCGGAGAUUAUAGUAGAACUUUGCUACAUCACUCGGCGCGCAGAUCGGCUCCACGAAGACUUCUUCUUUGCACUCUGAUGAGAAGUCCGGAGAAGCCAAACGGAUGCUGGCUUCAGCCGUCGGAGGGCGGGGAGUCCGUGAAGUUCACAGUUCGAUCCUGGGUAGCCAAGGUCUUGGACGUGUCCUCAUAGAGCACUGUCGACCUUGGCCAUAAGCGGAUUAACCUGUCACAAAACACCAGUCUAUCGAAACCCAGCAUGAAAAAGAAUAUGGCUACUAAUUAAAAUUUCCAUUCGGCAAAACAAGUCGAUAGUUGGCCUUUCCCUGCUACAUUCGGAAUGCUACCCCGCGGCUAUACGAUGAUUGACUUUGUUGAUGAACACAAACUCUUGAGCGCCACUAGAGCUGUAUCAAAACAGAAUACAAAAAACACAAUAAUCAAAGUGUUCUUCGUGUGCUCAUCCAUUAUGAAGCAGAGUCUGUCUCGAAUCACAAGCUUAGCGACCUUCUCGAAGGAUCUAGAUACGCACAAAUGCCUCCUGUAAAAUGUAGCAACCGCAGCUUUGGUGCAUGGUGCCCAAGAACGU